CGAAAGGGCUUAUGCAAAUAACUUCCGCUAAUGUUUAAGAUCAGAAGCGUCCUUCUCAUUUUCGCUUUUCGUCAUGCCGCUUAAAGAUGUUUUCGAAGAUUUCAAAGAAAGCAAGGCCACUAUACAAAAAAUACACCACGAUACAAUAAAGUAUUUUAAUCAACUCGUUGAAAAGCUGUCUGGACCGCGCGAUGCAGAAUUAAAAGUGGAGUUAACUCAAGCGACGUCUCCACCAAACUCGCCCGGAACUGGAUCAGGAGAUGUAGCGGAAGCAACAGCUUCAAUCAGCGAUGUUCACUUUUCUUCAUCUCCAACGGUGGCACUCGGCGACAUCCAAUGCGAUUUCGACAACGCUCUGGCUGAACUAUUGUACACCACCAAGGAAAGAAAGGAAGUAGAGUCGCUUUUCACCGAAGAGCCAGCUCUGAUUUUUGUCGGUCAGACAAACUGCGGUAAGAGCUCCAUCAUCAACGAGCUCCUGGGAUGCAAGUCACUUCCUACCUCGGAACAACCGAGCACCGCAAGGAUUGUACGAGUCCGCUACGCCAAGGAACCAUUCUGUCGUCUCACUACCAAGGAUGGAGAAAUAUUAGAGGUAUGGUUCAUAUUUAUAAACACACCCUAAUACACAAAACAUUUAACAAGUUAACAAGUUUUGUUAUCGCUUCUCUUCAAAAUGUGUUAACUUUUUUAAAUAUAUUUUAGUGGGUAAUCUCAAGUGUACCUCCCCCCCGCCCCCCGCCUACCUUGGGAUUGAAAGGGGGGGGGGGGGGGUGAGAUAUAUUUGGAAAGUUCCUGUUCUGGAGGUAUACUUGGGCGAGAAAAAACAAAUUAAAAUAACUUCUCGUCAUUCUUGUGAAGCACGCCAUGAUUUCGCCAGACCAAAUGGAGAAGACUCCCAAGACUGUUAAUUUUUAAGGAUUUAUUUGUAGCAGACUGGUUAGAGAAGAAUAGCCUCUCAGUAUUGAAUCUAUAUUCGAAAAUCCCCCACCCACCCUCCCCCGACGAACGCCAAGGAACGCGUGACGAAGGGGAGAGGAACUCGUGACGAAAGAAGGAAAGCGUGACGAAGCUCUUAAGGAUUUAUUUGUAGCAGACUGGUUAUAGAAAAAUAGCCUCUCAGUAUUGAAUCUAUAGUCGAAAAUCCCCCACCCACCCUCCCCCGACGAACGCCAAGGAACGCGUGACGAAGGGGAGAGGAACUCGUGACGAAAGAAGGAAAGCGUGACGAAGCUCUAAGAAUGUCUUCAGUGGAAGAAUGGUUGUCUCCAUGGAGGUAGUUUAUCUUUAUAGUUCUAUUUUGCAGCACAUAAAACUGAAAGGCAAGAACAAAAUUCCACGGAAGAAGAUCGAGCUGAGCAGGAAGGACCGGGGGGACUCAUCCAAGGUAGAGGGUAUCAUCGAGACUGGGCUGAACAUUGAGUUCUUAGAGUCCGGUGUCAGUGUAAUUGACUCCCCUGGAAGGAACGAAAAUGAAGCUCUGGAUAAUCUUGUCAAAGAGAAACUGGAAAACCCGCUGGCUUUUGUGAUUUACGUGGUCGAUGGACAUAACUUGUUUACGAAGCAGGUAGGAAGUCAUGACGUUGUAUAGAACUUGUGACAUGUGACUGACACGCAUGUCGUUAGCCUGCACCACAGACUAAACAUCUGGCAGGGUUGCGUUGUUCGAAGCAGGGGUAAGAUAACCCAGGGUUAGUGCAAAAUUUCAAUCAAUUCAGAUCUGAAAGCUUAAAAAGCAAAUUCAGUUUUAUUCUUUUUAUCCACAAUUUGAUGAUUUGAUGGUCUAAAAAGAAUCGAGAACAUUAUCCUGAAAAAUGCUCUUGAACAAAAGAAAUAGAAACCUGGGUUAAAAUUUAACCCAGCGUUAGCGCUAAUCACUGGAAAACAGCACCGAAGACCUUGUUCUAGGCGCUCACCUGUGUACCAGGAUUUGAGCAUGCGUUAUGAUUGGUCUGUUAAAAAAGCCAGUGUCGAUUUUGGAAUUAGGUUGAAGAGAAAUUCGAAACACAUUUCAAGUAAUUCGUUGUCUCCGGGGAACCAGAACAAGGAUAUCGGCGCUGAUUCGAAGACGUAAGUAACCGGGAUUAAAUUACGACUGCGGCACAGCAUGGCACAGGCUAGCAUAUCGUUGACAAAUUGAAAAAGUUUUGUUUUUAGGGUGCGGACUGCUCUUACCUCUACCGUUUCCUCGAAGAAAGACAAAUUGAUGUAUCUCCACUGAAACCAUAGCCUGUGCCACCGACGAAACUAACUCCGGUUAAGUCCGUCUGCGAAACAGCGCCGAAAUACUUGUCUGGGCCCCCAACUGUGUACCAGUAGGCGCCAUGAUUGGCCUGUUUAAUGCCAUUGUUGAUUUGCCAAUCAAGAUAAAAGGAAUUUCGAAACGCGCUUCCGGUAAUUCAUCGAGUCCGUUGAGGGCCACCAGAACAAGGAUCUUAAGGGGUUUAUAAGGCCUGGGUCAAAGAUGUGUCUUGAGCAUAUGAAUAAUUGGCAAUAUCUCUCGCUAGGAGACCUAGAACAAAAUGAGCUUUUCUCCAAAAGUAAAUCUGGAGGUUUUCUUGUGCUUUAGCCUUUAGUUAAGAAAAUUGGUGGCGAAUUUACUUUGUUUCGAAAAACAAAUUGGUAUUUCUGAAAGAGGAUAAACAUACCUAACUUUCUACGUUUGGAAUGAAUGUACGCGAAGUUUAAAAUUAAAGUUUUAAAUAAUUCAAGGUUAAAUUUGGACAUUUAAAAUGAUGUUUUCCCUCAUAAUUUUUUAUUAAAGUGCAAUGGACGGUCAUUGGAAACGUUAAGUGUUAGGAAUAUUUAAUAUGAAUUAGAAAAAUGUUUUUUCCCGAUUUCUUUCCUUAAAACCGGCCACCAAUUGGUCAAUAAUUUACGAUUUUUAGCAAAAUCGUCACGUGACAUAUCACGUGACUAAUUAACGCAAUGUUUAUAGUUGAGAAUGUUAAGGACGAUGAGUUCUUUAUGUGUGUCAAAUUUUGAUUCAGCGCCAUCAUCUAUGCCAAAGUUAUAGCCAAUAAUUCAUUUUCCACAAAUAAACGCAUUAGUCCCACGCCUUAAACUACUUGAGAUAUCGGCGUUGCUUCGCAGAUGUUACUUACCGAGGUUAAUGAAAUUACGUCUGCGAUGAGGGCUACUGAACUGGCAUUAGUCAGAGUAAAAUGUUGUUAUCAGAACUUGAUAACUUAGAUUCAUUUUUAGACUGAUUAUGCGCAUAGACCAUAGAUUUUGUUUAGUUAGCCAUUCACCACCCACUGACACAAUCCGCACUCAUUCACUCACUAUACUCAUUACAUUCCAUGUUAACUCGCAAUGAAAUCUUUAGCUAUUUUCUUAGGGAUUCCAAGGGCAAGCUACAAUUGUAGCUACUCCACCGCCCUCGUACCAAUUACGUCAAAAGCGGAUUUAGUUAUAGACGUUCUCUGUUGUGGAAUAGUUUAUCUGUGGAACUGUGCCAAGAGCGAACUCUUUCCUCCUCUGAAAUCCGGCUGUAGUAAUUUCUAUUAGAAAUAGACGAUAACCAUUUUGCACGGCAUUCAUGGAAAGUAGGCACCUUGCAUUUUUAUUAUUAACAUUACCACUGUUAGUCUCGUUUGAAGAAGUAGAACGCUAGAUCACGGAGGGUCGUCGGUUCGAAUCUAUACUUGGGCUGGGAUUUUUUUCCGAGUUUCAUUUGAUGCAAAAAAUGAAUUAUUAACCAUUGUUACUACUGUUCUUAGAAUUGUUAUUAGCUUUAAUUUAAUAAGUUUAUACUUUAGCCUUUGUCACUUAAUGAUUAUUUUACUGUAGAAAAAUUAAGUUAUUCAAUACAAUACAAUUUAAUUCAAUACAAUGCAAUAAAAUACAGUACAAUACAAUACAAUACAAUACAAUACCCACACUCACUCACUUACUUACGUACUCUUUUACUUCCAUCACUCACUCAAUCACUCACUCACUAAGCUACUUAGUUAGUUACUUACCUACCUACUUUCUGUUUUACGUACUUAAUUGCUAAGACGUCGUGUUUCAUUUGUAGGACAGGGAAGUGUUAAGUGACAUGACAUCUAGAAGACCUGAUUUGCAAAUUUUCUUUGUGGUGAGUAAGCUGGAGCCUGAAGAUCGUGCAGAGUCUUCAGACGAGGACGAAGAGCCAGGUCACAGUGCUUCUGCACGCCGUUUAGAACAAGAAGCCAAAGCACGGGAAAGAAAAAAAGCACGUGUGUACCAGCGCCUUGUUCAGCACGGCUAUUUCUCAGAAGAGAGUAGCCCGAUAAGGUGUAUGAAUGAAAACGACCGAUUCCACGGUCUCUCUGCCUGGAGGCUUCAGAGGUACCAUGAGAUGAAGAAAAAUAACCCAAACGCGCCAACCGGUGAGUUUAAAGGAUACAUCGACGCCUUCGAAAGGUUUCAAAACAGCCUGAAGAGGUUUGCAGAGGAGUCGUUGCAUGAAAGAGUUGAGAAGGUAUGCCAAGUUCUUAUCCGUGUCCUGUCAAGGUGUUUGGACUUUUUCAUCCAGAAGGCCAAUUUGCUGAAAAAGGGACAGAAGUUGAUGAUGAAGACCCUAGACACUCUCCUUAAAGAGGAACAGGAAGUCCACAACAACAUCACAGAGAGUCUGGAGAAGGAAUCUAGUGAAAUUAAGGAGUUGUUAUCUGAAGUUUUCAAUGACGCUCGAGAGGGAAUUCUUCAGGAAGCAGAAAAAUUUGAGUACGCUCUGACGGAAUUCCAAAUUCCACGUGAUGGUGUUGUCUCUGAGAAAGCCGCCGUUGCACACUGUAAAGACCAGCUACAAAGAAUGGUGGCCAACAAGCUACAAGGGGAAAUCAAAGAAAAGUUAAACAUGAUGUUUCGCUCAAGAGACGUGUUCGUGGCCCAAAUUAAAGAACGCAUCGAAGGAAUUGAAGAAGAGAUAGCCUCAGGAGAACAAUUCCCAUCAGCAGCUCUAGCCUUAGGUAGAAGUCUUCUGUCUUCGUAUGAAGCUGGGAUCUCCUUUACAAAAGGAGGUGGAGGGGUGGCUCGAUUUAUUAAAUUACUUGGCACAUGGAUGUAUGACUUUAUGUGUUCACCAGUUGAGACCAUCUUAAGCACCGUAAAGGGCAGGGUCCGCGUAGGAUCCCCUGACUGGAAGAAGGAUGUUGCUGCUGGCGUUCUCGAGAAAGUGGAUCCAACCAAGAUGUCUGAGGAAAUCAUCAAGAGCUUAAACCAACACUUUACGACGUGCCAUGAUGAGUUUGUUGCAGAAAUCAGGAAAGUUCAAGACCUUUUUCAACGGGGAGAGACCAUCAAAGACGAACAGAGGGAAAAGAUUCUCGAAUUUGCUCCAAACCUUGCCCUAUUAGAGAUGCUGGCAUAUGGUGUCAUGGAUAAGUUCAAGUUUGGUUCACCCAGUACCGGUGAUCUCAUUGGAGAUGGUGCGCAAGGAAGUGUGUUCGCUUGCAAUAAUAUAAAGACACCUGAGGGAAAGCCUUGUGUAGUAAAGGUGGUAAAAGUUGCUAGAGAAGAAGUACUUAAGGAUUUGACCCUGGAAUUGCACAACACCAGGUAAGACAAAUUUGAUCAUAUCUUUUAAUGUUAAAAUGCGCAAUAAAAGCAAUAAAUAUUAUUACGCUUUUCAGCACACGCUGUGUGCGUCUAAAUGGCGCGGACCUCAUCUUUCCUCAUCGAUCUUUUCUCUGUAUUUUCUGGUUGGAGGCCACUUUAGCUGUCUCCACAAAAAAAAAUUUCAGGGACUUUCUCUUUGCAGGUAACUGAUAUCAACUUUUUGCCUCGCAUUUGAGUUCACUUCGUCUUUAUGUCAUGGGCAUUAUAAUUUUCCUCAUUUUUUCCGUCCACGCGCUGUAUCAGUGAGAAAAACUACGUAAGAUUCUCCUGAUGAUAAAAGAAGUGAAAGCUACCCAAGAUGACGUUGUGCUUUUUAGAUACGCCUGUCUUGAAACACCUCUGAUUAAUUCGCAGGUCUUUGCGACAUCAGAACAUUCUGCCCAUAAUUUGCAGCAUCGCGGAAGGCAAUCCAGCACGUGGAUUUUCUGUAUCAAUUGUCUCGGAACGAAUGAUGUGUGAUCUCCAAGUAGGUCUGCCCACCAUCUCAUCUUUGAGGGAUAGACUUCAAAUUGCUCUUGACGUCGCCAAAGCCUUACAGUACCUGCACGCAGAAGACAUGAUCCAUCGAGAUGUCAAAGUGCAGAAUGUUUUGGUGAGUGGAGCAAUAAAAUAUUUAAAAAAGCAGAUACAGUAAAAUUAUAUACCACUCUGAGAUUUCCUGUAAUGACCGAAUUGACGUGGUUAAUAAACUAUUUAGUGUAUGUCCUGUUUGGUGCUAUUCUUAAGAAGAAUACAAAUAAAAAACUCGUUCUCGCUGCGGCUCUCUCCGUCGCUCAAAGAAGUAUCGGUAUACACGUAUUUUUCUUUCAGUUUAUGAAAGGAGAGUUAUAUUUUUUGUCGGUAUUUUUUGUUGUUUUCGCCCUCGCGCUCGUAGCUUUUACUCACAACUCAUAACAGCCGCCGAGCCGGGAAAAAAUUGUCAUAAUGCCCGGUUAUUACAAGAAAAUCUUGCCCGCUCAGCAGCCUAUCCGAAGCGCGCGUACUAUUGUACGUAGCCAUAUAAAGAAAGUGGAAUAAUUCAGUGUUGUUGGACUAACCACCUGUUCAUUUUGCUCUUUUUUCAGUUGGAUAAUUCCAACAGGGCAAAGUUGACAGACAUGGGCCUUUGCAAGCCGGAAGGUCUCGCUUCUAACUCGCUUGUAGGGACACCUAUAAAUAUGGCACCAGAGAUGAUCAAACAACAGUACGACAAAACCGUCGACGUUUAUGCGUUCGGCAUGUUGUUAUGGAGAGUGUGCGAGGGGAAAGGCAACCAACCGAAAAACGUGCACAAACAUUUUCUCCCUUUGGUGAUGCUCAUGUUAAACGCCGUCGACAACAAGACGCCGGAGAGGCUGGAUACUUUUCCUCAGAAUUGUUGGGAACUUAUGGAGCGUUGCUGGGCAAGUGAUCCCGAAAAACGUCCCUCGAUGGAUGCCGUUGUAAAAGACCUAGAAGAGAUCCUUCGAGAUCUGAAUUGAAGAUCUAAAAAACAGAUUCAGUCUUUGUUGGGGUUUCGUCCUUUUCAGAAUAAUCUCCAGUUACACUACCAAUCUCUCCACGGACUCAAAAAAAGGCCGGUUGUUUACACAGAGUUCAGCAGUUCAGCAUGUUCAGCGUCAUUGUCGAUUCAGUAUCCACCCUAACAUCGUAGCAUAAAAAACUUCAACCAUUACCAAAUUGGCUGAUUUACUGGAGCUGAAGAAAAACUAUCUACUUCAAAUAUCUCAUAAACAAAUGCACUUCUUCACGGUUAAAGUUAACCUCGUUCCCACCCAACUAAAAUGGUCCUGAGAACAGAAAUUACAGAAAUUACAGCUUCUGUGCCAACGACUUUCUCGAUUACAAAUGUUCGUCUAUAAGGCUCUUUAGAGCAAAGGAUUGUUUUACUUAAGAUCGAUCGUUUUAGUUUUGAUCAAGAAUGACAAGAACGCAAGUGUGAGUGGAUUUAGUCAAAGCUUAAAUUCCUAAGCCAUGUUUUGUGGCUCUUAAUUAAAGUAAACUGUAAUGUAAAAAGUGCAAGAGAAAAAGGGGAAAAUUACCACUUCUAACCACAGUUUUGCUGUAUAAGUAGUUUAAACAGAUUUCGAAACUGAGAGUGCAGUUGAGAGUGCAGUGCAGUGCAGUGAGAGUGCAGUGCAGUAGGGAAAUCGACCUAAAUCAGUGUACGGAAUCUUGCGUUUCAUGCAUUCAUAUAUGACAGCUAUUGUAUGGAUUAUGUGUGAAAAUCAUCAAUGUAUGAAUCGG